AUGGUGAUGAGAAUCAUGCAAGAUCUUCCUGCAGAAAAUAUUUCAUUUGCAAUUUUCAAACUGAAUGGCUUCUAUUCUUUGGGAGAAUGGCGGCGCUUUCUAUUCCUCCCAUAUUUCUUUAUGCUUUUAUUGUCUACCACCUCCAACUCCAUCUUGAUAUUUUUAAUUAUCACCCAGAGAGCUCUGCACUCUCCGAUGUUUGUUUUAAUUGGUCUAAUGGCUGUCGUAGACUUGUUUAUGCCAAUAUUUUUUGUACCAAAUAUGCUUCUCAGCUUUUUAUUUGACUGGAAUGUGAUUUCACUUGUUGGCUGUUUAAUACAAAUAUUCUGUGUUCAGUAUGUCGGUUCAUAUCGGUCUACUUUGCUGCUGUGGAUGGCUCUGGAUCGGUUCUUUGCUAUAUGCAGACCUCUUUCUUAUCAUAAUUAUAUGCAAAUGUCCAACUUUCUACAGUUCAUUAUUCUUCCAGUAAUUAGAAAUACACUCUUAAACGUUUCAGUGGUUUCUUUGGCUGGAAAGUUGCAUUUUUGUACGAAGAAUGAGAUAGAUCACUGUUUUUGUGAACACAUGGGAUUGGUCCAGCUAGCAUGUGGAGAUACUUCUAUUAAUAAUUUAGUUGGACUUGCAACUGCUCUUCUAAUACCAACUACAGAUUUUGUUUUUAUUACUAUAUCUUAUGUGAUGAUAUUUGCUUCUGUAAUGAAAUCAGGCAAGUCCAGCAUGAAGGCCAUCAACACUUGUAUUACACAUAUAAUCGUCAUCACAUUUAGUUUAGUAUUUACCUUGAUGGCUUUUUUGUCAUAUAGAAUUAGAAAUGAUUUUUCUCCAAACAGCCGUAUUUUCAUUAGUACAAUGUAUUUGUUUUUACUAGGCAAGCCACUGAAGGUACUGCCUAAAAAGUUGGUGGAAUUUGAAGAGGCAGCUGAGGAGCUGCCUCAGGACACUAGAGCAGGAGACCAUAUCUGGAUCAAAGGGCACUGGCCAUUAAGCUUGAAGAGUGUGACCCAGAAAGACACCAACACACUUCCUAGGGUGGAGGAGACACUAGAUGCUUUAGAUCUCUUCUCUUCACUGGACCUAACUGCCAGGUACUUCCAAGUGGCAGCUGAUGAGCAAGACCAGGAGAAGACCAGGGCUCUGUAA